GGCAGGCUCCGGGAUGGUGAUGGAGAAGAAGACGGGGGUGAACUCGGAGCGCACGUCUCCCCCCCGCCGCGCGCACACGCUCACGGCAAAAGUGAAGUGAAGAUGCUUCUUCGCUCUCUGUCGACAGUCCAACGCGAGAGCCACUCAUCACUGCCUCUUCUCCUCCCGCCUGAGCGCCGAGCUGCCCCCGUCCCUGGCAGAGGCAGCCCGGAGGAACUUGCGCUGCCGGGGCUCGUCCAGCUCGGAGGAGGAGGCGGCGGCGGCAAGAAGCGGCGUCAGGGACCCGGUGCGCCGUCACCCCUAUAGCGUAUCCGUGGAUGGCCGAACGCGUCGGCAUGGGCGCGCUGACCAAGGGACGUUACCUCUCCAGGACGGGCCUCCUGCUUCUUCUGAUCUAUUGCACGGCGCCCGUGAUCUCCAAAGGUGCUGCGGGUGAGGCCCAGCCGGACGCCCUGCCCUCGGCGCAGGGCACCCUGCCGCACUUCAUCCAGGAGCCGGAGGACGCCUACAUAGUGAAGAGCAACCCCAUCAAGCUGCGCUGUCGCGCCGCGCCUGCCCUGCAGAUCUUCUUCAAGUGCAACGGGGAAUGGGUGCACCAGAACGAGCACUUCUCCCAGGAGUACAAGGACCUCAACACCGGGUUGAAGGUGCGUGAGGUGAUGAUCAACGUGUCCCGUCAGCAGGUGGAGGACUUCCACGGCCCCGAGGACUACUGGUGCCUGUGUGUGGCCUGGAGUCACCUGGGCACCUCCAAGAGUCGUAAGGCAACUGUCCGCAUCGCCUACCUGAGGAAAAACUUUGAGCAGGACCCCCAGGGGAAGGAGGUGCCAAUCAAUGGGAUGAUCGUGCUGCACUGUCGCCCUCCGGAGGGAGUGCCCGUGGCGGAGGUGGAAUGGCUGAAGAACGAGGAGCUGGUGAGCUCCCUGACCGACGACAACAUCGACACGCGGGCCGACCACAACCUCAUCAUCAACGAGGCGCGCCUGGCCGACUCGGGCAACUACACCUGUCUGGCCAGCAACAUCGUGGCCAAGCGACGCAGCGCCACGGCCGCCGUCGUCGUCUUCGUGAACGGCGGCUGGUCCCUGUGGACGGAGUGGUCGCCCUGCAACGUGGCGUGCGGCCGCGGCAUCCAGAAGCGGUCCCGGACCUGCACCAACCCGGCGCCCCUGAACGGCGGGGCCUUCUGCGAGGGCAUGUCCGUGCAGAAGAUCAGCUGCAACGCGCUGUGCCCAAUAGACGGAGGCUGGGACGAGUGGAGCGAAUGGGCCCUGUGCAGCAGCCAGUGCGAGAGGCAGCGGAGUCGCGAGUGCAACUCCCCGGCGCCGAGGCACAGAGGCAAGGUGUGCGAAGGGAACGGCGAGGCCACGGAGAACUGCACAGACGGACUGUGCACACAGAAUCGAAAGCUGCUACACGAAGUUAAACCCCAAAGUAUGGACGGCUCCAACGACGUGGCGCUGUACUCGGGCCUGGGGGCCGGCCUGGUCGCCGUGGCGAUCCUGGUGGUGGCCGUCAUGUUGUACAGGAGGAACCACAGCGAGUACGGCGUGGACGUCAUCGACUCCUCCGCGCUCGCGGGGGGUUUCCAGUCUUUCAACUUCAAGACCACCAGACAAGGCAACCCGCUGCUUCUCAACUCCUCGAUGCAGCCCGACCUGACGGUGGGCCGGACGUACAGCACGCCCCUCUGCUUCCAGGAUGGCACGGACAAGGAGCUCUUUGACCCGCUGCCGGACAUCAAGGUCAAAGUCCAGAGCUCCUUCAUGGUGUCCCUGGGUGUGGCCGAGCGGGCGGAGUUCCACGCCAAGGCCCCCGCCGAGACCUUCCCGCGGGACCUGAGCCGGGACUACUGCAGCACCAUGGACCGGCGCAAGAAGGGCCUGCUCACCCUCAACGGGCCGCUCGGCUGCGGCAGGGAGCAGCUGAGGACCGCGGGCGUGUUCGGCCACCCCGGAGGACGGCUGGUCGCGCCGAACACCGGGGUCAGCCUGCUGGUGCCUCACGGAGCCGUGGCUGAGAACAUGUCCUGGGAGAUGUACAUGGUGAUCAAUCAGGGGGAGGCAAGUGUCCAAACGCUGGAAUGCUGUGAGAUCCUGCUGGGCCCCGAGGUGACGUACGGCCCUCCGGGCCUGGACCUCUUCUGCCCAGUGGCCAUGACCAUCGCUCACUGCGCCGAGGUGGACGCGGAGAACUGGAACAUCCAGCUCAAGAGGAAAACCCAGGACAGCAAAUGGGAGGAAGUGAUGUCAGUGGAGGAGGAGUCCACUUCCUGCUACUGCCUGAUGGACUCGUCGAGCUGCCACCUGCUGCUCGACCGGCCGGGCUCGUACGCGCUGGUGGGCGAGCCGCUGACGCAGGCUGCCGUCAAGAGGCUGAAGCUGGCUGUGUUCGGGAGCAUGGAGGCGGGCCCCAUGAACUACGGCCUGCGGGUGUACUGCGUGGACGACACGCCGCACGCUUUUCAGGGAGUGGCGGCAGCAGAGAAAACCCGAGGGGGUCAGCUCCUCGAGGAGCCAAAGACGUUGCCUUUCCGAGCGAACACCUUCAGCCUCCAGGUGUCCAUCCAGGAUGUCCCCCAGUUCCUGUGGAGCAUCAAACCCUUUACCACGUGUCAGGAAUUCUCCUUCCCCCAAGUGUGGUGCAGCAACCAGCAGCCCCUGCACUGUGCCUUCUCUCUGGAGAGAUACAGCCCCGCCACCGGCCAGCUCUCCUGCAAGAUCAGCGUGCGCCAGGUCAAAGGUCACGAGCAGAUCCUGCAGGUCUACACGGCCGUGGACGAGACGGAGAAGGAGUCGGCCCCAUUUUUUAUGCAGACGGACUGCACCAUCACGUCCCAGACGGGGCCCAAGGCCUUCAAAAUCCCCCUGUCCAUCCGCCAGAGGAUCUGCGCCACCUUCGACACUGCCAACGCCAAGGGCAAGGACUGGCAGCUCUUAGCCCAGAAGCUCCACCUAGACCGGAACCUGGGUUACUUUGCGAAGCAGCGGAGCCCGUCGGCGGUCAUACUGAGCCUGUGGGAGGCGCUCCACCAGGACUCGGCUGACCUCGACUCUCUCGCCAGCGCCCUGGAGGAGAUUGGCAAGAUCCACUCCAAAAGCUCCCCCAGGGGCCCCGAUGAGUCGGGGUCCGACUUCGCUCGCAUGCAGGCGGGCAGUCCGGGCGGAACGGGCAAAGUGGCGAGCGAGGCGACGGAGGACGCCGCCCCUGAAUACACGGGCUGAGGGAAAAAGAGGCAGCGAGUGCAAGAAAUAACUGACAGACAUGUAUCGGUGCACGCGGCACAGCCGGUGAUGGACAACGCGCUGUGGCGGUCCGCUGGAAGAGGCGCGAGACGGCGGGCGAGGAGGCGGUGGCGAGCAGGUGGAGGCGAGCCGGUGCCCGCUGUGGAUCCGCCCCCGGUCUUUUAAGAACCUGAGGAUGGACUGUAAAUCUUCUUUUUUUUCCCGCCUUUUGUUAGGUUUUGAUUUAAAUGUUCUUUGAUUCAAGCUAAAGCUUUCCCCGUGUAUAUCCAUGUCCAGCUCAGAGGGUGAGCGGGAGAGGAGGAGGAGGAGGAAGGGUUGGGGGGGGGGCUCCAUUAUUUGAUGAAUCCGUGUUAGAAGAGAUGGAAGCUCCUUUUCCCCUGGGACCACCGCCUGCCCUCUCCCCUCCUUUCCCAGCAGUCCACUCAGCAGCUGGACGCAUUUGCAUAAAAAGUUCUUAUAUGCAAAUAAGGUGAUACAACUGUGGCAUCAUUUUUCAACAGCCGCCUGUGUUUCAGCUAAUUUCUUUUCUUUCCUUUCUCUCUGAAUCAUAUUCCCUUGGUCGAAGUAGGAACGUCGACUCGGAGGCAACUUGUUUGCCGUGCAGUAUUGUGAUUUCAAAAGGAAGCUGCUGACCGCUUAAAUGUCGUGAUUGUGAAUUUUUAAUGCCAAGUAUCUUGAAGUUCACCCCAUUUUCAUCUCUUUAAAAAAGGAAAAAUCCAAAAGAUGUACGACGUAGGAGAUUGGGAACUUCCGAUAGACAACCACAGUGUGACAUGAUGAUUUGUGUUAAAAAAAAAAAUAGUUCGACAGACCAGUCCGACCUUGGGGGGGGGGGAUGAAAAUGUAGUUGUGGUAAAUGUGGCACAGGGAGAUUUCUAACCGUGGCAUCACAGUUCAUAACCGUUUCCUCCAGCGAGAGAGACGGAGCGUCGCGGGGAGCGUAUCGCCGAGCCUUAUCUCCCAAUCCCCACCAUAACGAUCGUGUGUCAUAUCAGGCCCUGACACACCCAACGGCCCCCCCACCCCGACCAACACCACAGAACCACAAACAGAAAAUGAUGAAUAGUGAUGAGUAUUAUACACAAUUAUUCAGCAGCAUCGACCCAGUGGUGAUGGUAAAUGGAAGGUGUCGCACCUUCAGCGCUGGACAGGCUUCUGUGUUGCAUUAUUACAAUGUGAGCAGCAACCGGGACAAACAGAAUCUGUUGGUUCAUGAAAAUAAUUAAAACGUUAACUUGGUACCUGUUUGGAGGACACGAGAGUUGGGUUCAUAAUCUGGUUUUGCCUGUUUGACACGUUCUGAUAAAUUGGAAAGAAGCCAGCGACGUUACGGCGCUGAAUCCCACUUGUUUUGCAUUAGGAGCAAGAAUGGCACAGUAGAGCGCAGAACUCCGCCAGGGCAAAUCAGUUGAAUUAAAUUGAGACACACAAAAAUUGACAUCAGUUCCAUGACAAAUUUGUUUUCAAAAGGCCCUUUUUUCACAAAUUUAAAGGUGACAUAUUAUUCAAAAAUCACUUUUUCAGUAUUUGUGCACAUCAACGUCUGUGAUGUCACAGUUGGACUCUUUUGGGGGUAACCCCGCCUGCAAUCUGAGAAUCUCCACUGCUCUGGUGAAGGGGCGUGACCUUUCCGGCACAUUUGGAAAGCGGCUGACCGAUCCCAACAGACUGGGCCAGCUGGCCAAUCAGAGCAAGCUGGGGUUUAUCAGGAAGGCGGGGCUAAAAUAAAUCCAGGCGUCUCAGACAGAGGGUGAAAAGAGGAUAUAUAAACAUCAGAGCAUGUAAACCUUUUCUUGUGGUCACCCAAAUUAAAAGUAUGACCCUGAAUAUGAGUAUAAUAUGUCACCUUUAAGUUCUUUCGUGGCCCUUUUUCCACAAAGUUUUGUGGAAAUCCAUUCAGUGAUGUUUGCGGAAUCCUGCUUACUAAAACAAACCAACCAUCCAACAAUUAAAAAACAAGUGGACAGGGGUGGAAACAGAACUAGGAAUUAUGACAACAUUAUUCACAUGAUAUCAUGUUUGUUUAUAGAAGGACUAAUCGAGCCACUAGUGUCUGAUGAGCCGUGUACAGUUUACUGCUGAGCCACGAAGGAGAUCACGUCUCGGUGGGGUGGGGUGGGGGGGGGGUGUCGUGUCUUACUGUGUGUUUCGGGAUGAGGGCAACGCAAGACUUGGCAGACGUCUCAGAGAAAAACUCAAACUUUACCGGUGUGGCAUCAUUUUGGGAUUUGAAGCCGACAAAGUUGAAUGGUGGUUGUCAGAAAUAAAAACAAUCUUCCCUCUCUG